GCUAUUCUCGAUGAAUUCGAAAAGAAAAAGACGUCAAGUCUGUGAUGAACGUUCCAUACCUACAAAAUAUAAGAAUGAUAUAGAUGGAACGAGUUGUUUUUACUUGCAUCAAGUGAAAAUUGUGGACAGUAGUGGUCGUUUGAGUCAUUUACUUCAACUAGACAGAACUUGGAAAGGUAGUUUGUCACAGCCUUCUACAAAAUUGACCCUAAAAGGAAUACUUGUUCCUCCACAACAAACUGAAGCACUCUCUCAGGGUAUACAGUUUCAAACUUUGUGUAUUGUCGACUUUUCCUUGGACUUUUCAGGUUUGCUUUGGGCCAUAGGUGAAGGACCCAAGCACGAAGACUACUAUUAUCUUAUGUUGUCACCAGACAAAGAAUACGAGACAUUUUUCUACCGUUUACUAAGAUUUAAAUACUUGGUUCUUCAUUUAAAUUUCGUAUGUGAACAAUACGACACGCCAAACACAGUACAACAAGCUCUAGAACUCCAAUCCCCCUGGCAAGCAGAAGGGGGGCCUUUGAACGAUCAAGAAAUUGCUCAAGACGCUGCCGUUGCUUGUAAACUUUUGAAGGAAAUACUUUCUGAAGACCACCCUGUAUUGCUUGACUUGGAACGUCUUUCUAUUACAGAUGGUGAAGCGUCAACCGAAGAGGAAUCACAGAUAAAUGAAAAUGUAGCAAAUACUUUCGAAGAAGCCCCUGUCGAUCCUUCACUGGAUAUUCAAGACGAGACUGUUGCAAAUACGCAAGUCUCAAUAGAGCCACCACAAGUGAAUAAGAUGAAAGACAUGGCUAUUGAAGAGCCAUUUAUUGACCGCUUCUUGAUGAAUGCGGAUUGCUAAAGGCUUUUUUGACUUUAAGAAG